UGGCGGACGAAAGUAGAAAACUAAGCUGCUCUUUUUGCUAAAGCAACCGGUGGAACAGUGGAACAGUUUGUGCAUUUAUAUAUAUUUUUCCUUUUUUUUCUUUCUCUAACCUUCCUUUUUACCUGUGAAAUCCUUAUGCUCUAAGGACGAUGGCGUGCGUAAGGGAAGCUAUUGAUCGUUGCGGCGAAACGUUUGGUAAAGAGUUGGGUGUCGAAGAGGAGGAGAUAGAUAUUAUAGGUAUUACAAGUGAAAAACAAGGAGAUGAGAACUCAAGAAAUCAAUUAAAUGGAAAAGUAGAGGAAGAAGAAAAAAUAUUGAACUAUGAAGAAUUACUUUCUUCGAAAUCUGAGGAAGAGAUAAACCAAGCAAAUCACUGUAGUGACAAAAACCAUUCCUGCGAAGCAGAAAAAAAUGCUACAGAAAUCAAAGAUAAACUAGAAUCGAACAUUUCUACAACUUCUGAUUCAGAUGUAAACAGUUUAAAGGCAGAGUUAACUCGUAUUGACAAUUAUACAUGUAAUGAUUGCAGUUCAAACAGCAGCGCAUCCAGCAGUACAAAGUCAAGCCGGAGAAGCUCCAUUAGUAGCACCGACAAUUCCAAAAAACAAAAUGAAAAACAAGAGACUUUUGUUAAUGAAUCUGGUAUUAUGGGGCAAUACAGUCAGUUAUCUGAUUAUGAAGACGAUGAUUUUAAAUCCAGUGAACCAUAUGAAAGGUUCUUCUUUGAGUCCGACUAUCUCGCCUUAAAAGAUAAUAAACACUAUUGUCUUCUGCUGCAGACUCUUGUUGCAUUAGAAGCUCAACGAAUACAAGCCAUAAAGGAUUUAGACCAGCUGUGUGAAGAAGAAGCAAAAGCAUUGGAUGAUCCUAUUGAGUUUGUAGAAAAGCUACAAAACAAUGAGCCACUAGAUCUGCCAGCUGCACAGAAUGUUACUAAGUUACCCAACAUACCAUGGGAAGUAUAUGCUUCAUCAAUUGGUUCUUUAGAAAAUCUAUCUGCACAUCCUAAUACCAGGGCUACAGCAAACCAUGUGGAAAAAGUACCACAAUUGCCAUCAAACUUUGCUAAUGACUCUGCAUCUGAAAACAUCUCCCCAUCCAACAGAGGAAGUGAAAUGAUAUUCUCUGUAUCAGCAGAGAAUAAUAUUUUAGAAGAGAGUGGCCACUCAAGUAAAUUAAGAACAUUUAACCAACCAUGGACCACAGAGGAACAGACUCGACUUGAAAAGCUGUUGCAAAUUUACCCUCAAGAAGAAGUUGAAUCCAAGAGAUGGGAAAAAAUUGCCAAGGCCUUGGGAAAUAGAACACCUAAGCAGGUUGCAAGCAGAACACAGAAGUAUUUCAUCAAAUUAGCACGAGCAGGACUGCCAAUACCAGGAAGGGUUCCUAAUGUACCCAAGGCAGGCUCAAGGCUGAAUAGGAGAUCAAAUCAUUACAGUACUAUUGGCUUUAGGAAUUCCACAUUUUUCCCUUCAUAUCAACCGCGUGUCUACAUGGAUGAUAACAAUGAUGAUGACGAUGAUGACUCGAGUGUAGGAUUCUCUGAUGAUAUAUCUUGUUUAUCAGAUGAUGAAGUCAUUCCAGAAGAACUUCGACAGACGAAUGAAUACAAAGAGCUCCUUCAGCUGAAAAACAUUAAGCGAAGAAAGUUGCAUCAUGUAGACCAGCAGCAGCAGCAGCAAACUUCAACCGUUCAUUCUGGUUACAUGUGUGAUGGUUGUGGUGUAUCACCUAUUACUGGUCCAAGAUGGCACUGUCAAGAUUGCCCAGAUAACAAGAGUGUUGACUUUUGUUCAUUUUGUAUUGAAAAGGGAAUACCCGAGUCUCGCAGUCACAGUAGGCAUCAUCGCUUGGAAUUAGUCUCAAAGGACUCUUGUUUUUUUGUUGACGGUGAUUACGUUGGUAUGAGUGGAUCUACUACAGGAUACAACUACUUGGAUCCAAACUUCUUACCAGCUGCCAACUAAAAUUAAUUUAUAUUCUUUCUUAAUAUAAAUACUUUUAAAAAUGGAAAUAAAUUGAAUAUGCACGA